UUAUAAACAUCUGCAAAUGACUUUAUUUCAUGAAGUAAUUAACAUUCCUAAUUAGAUGCACCUUGCAGCUGCUGUUAAUCUUAAUUGGCAACAACGCAGUUACAUUUUGAUGCAUAUCUUCAGAAGAGUUACAGCAGAGAAGAAGGGAAGAAAAAAAAACGAAAAAAAAAAAAAAAAAACGAAGAAUCUGAAGGGAAGGAAAUAAAACUGUUCCCACACAGUUCAGAGAGUUCGCACAAAGAAGAUCCCAUGGCAACAGCGAGGCCCACAGUUUGCCUUAUAAAAAUCCAAGAAUAGAUAAUGUAUCAUCUCUUCUGAAACAACACUCGGCUUCGGGAGCGGGAGCGGGAGGGGCAGGGGGCAGAGGCGAAGCCGUGCCCCGCUGCCCGGGCGCUCUCCCCGUCCCUGGGAAAGCGCAGCGCGCCCCGGCGCUGCGGGGGUGCGGCGGGAGGCGCCGGGCGGAGAGAUCCCCGCUGCCGGGGAGUUUCUGGUGGAUCCCCGCGAAGGGCCCUCCCCCACCUCUCCUCCCCCCCUCAAUAAAUUAAAAAAAAAAAAAAAAAAAAUCAGCCUCCCAAAGUCAUGCUUGCAAAGCCGCUGGCGGCGAGUACCGAAGCAUCCAUGGGGUGGCAGUAACAGUAUCUUCUUUAUGACUCGCAGCAGAGCGGAGAAUGCAUUCAAUCAAAUGAGCCGGUCUUGUAGAAACACUGGAAUCAUUUAUGCAUUGCAGUUUCUCUCGCCUCUCUCCCUCUCUUCCUUUGCUCCUUAGGAUAUUUUGGGUGGAUUGUGGUUUUCAAUCAAGACCUCCUGUUCUUUGCUGAUCACUUGUCAUUUCCACUGGGGAUUCGCAUCAUUCGGGGCAAGUGGACAACCGAUUUUUUCUUCUUCCUUUCCCUUUGGAGAUUUUUUUUUUUUCCUCCAAUAUCACCCCCGCCCCCCUUUUGCCGCGGCGGCGAGUGUGCUAGGACCCGGGAAGCACCCUCCCCCCCCUGCUCGGCACGGCACCAGGAAACCCCUCCGGACCGCCGUUCUCCGGAUACUUGUGCCCGGCAGCCCGGAUCCGGCCCUCGGCGGCGGCGGUGGCGGCGCUGGACGCGGAGCUGCCCGCGGGGGGCCCCCAGGCCGGUCACCCCCCUGCCCCCUCUCCCCCCCGCCGCCGCACCUGGAUGGUACCUCCCGCCGGCGGCGCGGGCACUUUCUGAACUAGGAAGGAAGGGGCGACUCAGGGGGGCCGGGGGGGCGCCGCCGAAGUCCGUAUGGAAUUACCUGCGGCCGCGGCGGAUGGAUGGGCGCCACGUCCCCGGCACUCGCGGCCAGCGCAGCAGCAGCCCCGGGAGUGAACGCGGGGCUCCUCCGGCCGAGUGCGCAGUGUGGCGGCGGUGGUGGUGGUGGUGGUAGUGAGCGGUGCUCGCCUCGCUGGACGGAUCGCACCGGAGGGAUAUUUCGGAAGACUCCCGCGGGCAUCACAGCAGAGAGGAGAUUUGAAGAAACAGAGGUUGGAGUUCACCGCCUUUUUAGUCUGCUUGAAUGAUUGAGGAAGGCUAUAAAAAGCCACCUCAGGCUUAAUCUCAUAGAAGCCAAUUCUCACAAACAGUGAGGACCCUCUGCAUGAAGAGCACACAGCUUCUGUGAUGCCAGACCACCUGCAGAUUCCACCUAAGAGAAAGCAAUCAGAAGCCAUGUUUUCACUGGGCUAUCCAAACAAUUAAUUUGCUCAAAUCAUAUCAGUUCUGUAAGGUGAUUUUACCUAUGGAUGAAGAAAUUUCUGCACAAAUUCCAGUGAGCCUUUCACAACUCUGUGGAAAAAAUCUUUACCCAUCAGUGAAAUUCCAGCAUUUUAACUUCAAAAAAUAGAAAAAUAAACUGUCUUUGAGGGAAGCCAGCCUCAGACUACACAGGAGAUACUAAAUUUGUAGAAAAAUGUCGUCUGAAUUAUGGGUGUUUGCAUAGUAAAGGGAGCAGCUGUGGAAAGAUAGAAGAUGAAAGCUCCCAUUCCAAAUUUGAUUCUCUUGUAUGCUACUCUAACUCAGAGCUUGAAGGUUGUGACCAAAAGAGGAUCAGUUGAUGGAUGCACUGACUGGUCUGUGGAUUACAAGAAAUAUCAAGUUCUAGUGGGAGAACCUGUUCGUAUAAAAUGUGCACUUUUUUAUGGAUAUAUUAGAGCUAAUUACUCCCUAGCACAAAGUGCUGGACUCAGUUUGAUGUGGUACAAAAGCUCUGGACCAGGAGAUUUUGAGGAACCUAUAGCUUUUGAUGGAACUAGAAUGAGCAAAGAAGAAGACUCCAUUUGGUUCCGACCAACAGUGGUACAAGACAGCGGACUCUAUGCAUGUGUGAUAAGAAACUCAACUUACUGUAUGAAAGUGUCGAUUUCUCUGACGGUGGGUGAAAAUGACACUGGACUCUGCUACAAUUCAAAGAUGAAAUAUUUUGAAAAAGCUGAACUUAGCAAAAGCAAGGAAAUCUCAUGCCCUGAAGUAGAGGAUUUUUUAUUUCCAUUUAGGGAGCCAGAGAUUCUAUGGUAUAAGGAAUGCAAGUCAAAGACAUGGAGAUCAAGUAUUGUGUUUAAAAAGGACACACUUGUCAUUCGUGAAGUUAGAGAGGAUGACAUUGGAAAUUACACUUGUGAGGUAAAAUAUGGAAUCUUUGUUGUCAGAAGAACUACGGAAUUAACAGUUACAGCGCCACUAACAGAUAAACCACCAAAGCUUUUACACCCCUUGGAGAGUAAGCUAACAAUUCAGGAGACCCAGUUAGGUGGUUCUGCUAAUCUAACCUGCCGAGCUUUCUUUGGAUAUAGUGGGGAUGUCAGUCCUUUAAUCUACUGGAUGAAAGGGGAGAAGUUUAUUGAAGAUUUAGAUGAUAGUCGAGUCUGGGAAAGUGACAUCAGGGUUCUCAAGGAACAUCUUGGGGAACAGGAAGUUUCUAUCUCAUUGAUUCUUGACUCUGUGGAAGAAGGAGACCUUGGCAAUUACUCAUGCUAUGUUGAGAAUGGAAAUGGACGCCGUCACGCCAGUAUUCUUCUGCAUAAAAGGGAGCUGAUGUAUACAGUUGAGCUUGCUGGUGGGCUUGGUGCUAUUCUGCUGCUGCUUGUUUGUUUAGUGACUAUCUACAAGUGUUACAAGAUAGAGAUUAUGCUCUUCUACAGGAAUCAUUUUGGAGCUGAAGAACUAGAUGGAGACAAUAAAGACUAUGAUGCAUAUCUAUCCUAUACCAAAGUGGAUCCUGACCAGUGGAAUCAAGAAACUGGAGAAGAAGAAAGAUUUGCUCUUGAGAUCUUACCAGAUAUGCUUGAAAAGCAUUAUGGAUACAAGCUGUUCAUACCAGACAGGGAUUUAAUUCCCACAGGAACCUACAUUGAAGACGUGGCAAGAUGUGUAGACCAAAGCAAACGACUGAUUAUCGUCAUGACUCCGAAUUAUGUUGUAAGAAGAGGCUGGAGCAUCUUUGAACUGGAAACAAGGCUUCGAAACAUGUUAGUCACUGGUGAAAUCAAAGUGAUACUGAUCGAAUGCAGUGAACUGAGAGGAGUUAUGAACUACCAGGAAGUUGAGGCCCUGAAACAUACCAUCAAGCUCCUCACCGUCAUUAAAUGGCAUGGACCAAAAUGCAACAAGUUAAAUUCCAAAUUCUGGAAACGUUUACAGUAUGAAAUGCCUUUUAAGAGGACUGAACCCAUCACACAUGAGCAGGUUUUAGAUGUCAGUGAGCAGGGGCCCUUUGGGGAACUGCAGACAGUCUCCGCAAUUUCAAUGGCUGCUGCCACCUCCACUGCUCUUGCCACUGCCCAUCCAGAUCUGCGCUCCACCUUUCACAAUACAUAUCACUCACAGAUGCGCCAGAAACACUAUUAUAGAAGCUAUGAAUAUGAUGUACCUCCUACUGGCACCCUGCCGCUUACCUCAAUAGGUAACCAGCAUACCUACUGCAACAUCCCUAUGACACUUAUAAACGGGCAGCGGCCACAGACAAAAACUAACAGGGAGCAGAAUCCGGAAGAGGCUCACACAAACAGUGCGAUACUGCCCCUCUUGCCACGGGAGACCAGUAUAUCAAGUGUCAUUUGGUGACAGAAAUACAAGGGGCUAUCCACCCCCUUGAGUAGGAGCUGAGUCUGCAGUCUGGUGCCUGGAACUACAUCCUCGACUGCUGCUGUUAAACAUGCAUUAUAAUUGAUAACAUACGAGGAAAAACAGGGUCUUGUACAUAUGUUUUUUGCAAUUUCUUUGUAGCAUUGGUCUUCCUGUUUUACCCAUGUCUCUUUCCAUUUACAUUUUCAACUUUGUUUUAUAUGUCAUUGGAAUUUGUAUAUUUACAUUUUUUUAAAUGAAGAGACUUCUGUAUAGAUAGGAAACUUUUUGCUUCAUUAGUAUAGGUUUAGAUUUUUUUUUGUUUGUUUUUAACCUCUCUUGGGAAUGCUUGGACAAAGCUCUGUUGGUAUCAGAAUUGCCAUCCAUUUUGUUGGCCUGUCUAGCCUGAUUCCUGAAUGCCAUGCCUGCUGCAGUUCACCUGUUUUGGAGAAUAUUUGUUCUUAGAAGGACCCCAUCCUUCACUGAGAGCUCCGGUUUCAUUUCUCCUCUCGUAACAUGCACUGCUUCUUCCCUGCCCUUAUUAUGGUCCCAUUUGGGGUACUGCAGUCUGAUCAUCUAACAUUUAACUUGGUAGAAACCUGUCAAACAAGAGAAUAUACCCAAUCUGUAUCAGUUGCUUCACAGUAGUCACUACAGAGUGUGUAGAAUAUAGAGAUGGUUUGAUUUUUGUUUUCUUGUUUGUUUGCUUUUUGUUGUUGUUAUUGUUGUUUUUGUUUUGUUUUAAGAAUGAGUCAAUUGUACCCCUUUUAUAAAUAUAAAAGCAAACCUUAUUUUUAACACUUCCUGGAAAAGUAUUAAUAUGGCUGUGGAUUUUAUUUUUAAGCAUUUGACAUUUUCUUUUCCCCUUUUCAAAAUCCUACAAAUAAGAUCAUUUGCAGCCUUCAGGCAAGUAAGACAAAUGAGAAAAUAGUCACUGAAGUGCAGUGAGUCCUGCUGAUAUUUACAAUGAUGAUUUCCAAACCAAAGGGGAAUAAAAAGGCAGUAUCAUGUUUGUCACUUUGUUUUAAAGUGUUAUUUUCUGAAAAAGUAAGAGCAAAAUAUUAUUUUGCUGUUGAUUGCAGAGUCCCCUUGUAUCUUAAUGUUUUUAAAAUGUACUUGCUUUAAAAUGGUAUAUUCUAGAUUAAGAAAUAUUCUUUCAUUUGGUUUUAGCUUGUAACAAUAAGUAAAACAAUUACAACAUGAUUUCAGUUAAGUACUCAGGCAGAAAAAAAAAAAAAAAAAAAAAAAAAAGAUAGAAAACUGACAAAUAUCAUUGUUUUCAGAAUAAACUUUAUUUAUACAAAAUUAUUUAAAUCAGACCUGGAAGUAUUAAAACACUUUAUUCACUUUAAUGAUUAAAUAAAUUAGUUUUAUUUUUUAUGUAUGAUUCUAUCUUUGAGGAGUUGCAAAUAAUGUGUGUACCAUGGCUUCAAGAGAAGAAACAAGCCACUAUGUUUACAUCUGGACAUUUUUAAGACAAAUGAAAUAAGCAUCUUACUUAUACUUAUGUUUUAAAUAAUGGAAAAGUCCUUUCUGGUUUGAAAAGCAGCAUGGAGCACUGUCAUAGUCAUAUGAGUUAUUUAGGCCAAGCUCUCUGGUAGUCUCUGCUAAAAGAAACAGAGGAGCUGGGGCAGAGUGCAGUCAUGGGUUUGAUUGACUCUGGCAGAAUUGUAACUGGCAUCCUCACAGACAGACCUUAUAGUCUAUUUCUGCAAUUAAUUAGCUUUAGGUAUUUUUAUGGUAUCUGACUGAUACUGGCCAAUAUAAUGGAUUUGUGAUGGUUGUUCAUCCUAAUCAUCUGAAGGAGAAAAGCACAGCUUAUAAUAUUUUGGUCUUUCUUUAUGAGAAGUGAUGGGUAGAGAGCAGGUAAACUGCAGUUUGGGGGAUGUUUGUGGAAGUAAUCCAGAACUGACAGUGUAGGAGGAAGAAGAUAUGAUCCUGUUGCGAAAGUCAAGAAAUCUCAGUAUCUGCAUAACAAGCUGAUAGGGCUUUGGGAUGUGUGCUGCUUUUGUUUGCUAUAAAAUGUUCGUUUCUCUGACAAUUUGCUUAAGUCCUUUUCUACAAUCUGUUCUUUAUCAUGGUAUCUCCCACUGGACAUGUGCCAAAUGUCCCCAGAAUGGAGACAAAGCUGCCAGCCCUGAUAAAAAUUUAAGACAGCUUUGCACAUUUGGUUAUUUUCAUAAUGAAAAAAAGCUAAUAUUUGCUCUUAUGGACAUCUGACAGACAUCGAUGACAUUUUUCUUCAUUCAGCUUAAUGCCAAAUACCCCAGUACCCUCUAAAGCAGUGCAUUACUUUUUUUUUUUUUUCCUUUUCUCUGCCUUUUACAUGUCCUGGGGUAAAGACUGGAAUGUGGAAUAAAUGUAGAAUGUAACUUGACCAGAAUCUGACCAGAGUCACAUUUAGGCAGCAUUAGGUAGGUGUUUCCUUAGCCACAUGGAGAGUAUUUUUCUGUUCUAUUUUAUGCAGAUUUAAGCACUUUGAAUAGCAUGAUUCAGGGACUGAUGGAUACCAUUUGAUAUUCAUACUACUUAAAAAAAAAAAAAAAAUCUUAUAAUAUUUUGUCAUAAUAUUAAACAAAAACCAACCAACCAAACAAACAAAACAAAAUAAAAUAGAACAAAAUAAAUGAAAGAGCUAUCUAAGGCUUUAGAGACAUCCCUCCUUAGUAUUACUCCUCUGUGAAUAGCUUUGUGUGAGAAACAGUAGAGGAAAUUCUUGUGUGUUCACAUGCUCUAUGUUUGACAAAAAAUUGUGUUGGAACACAAAAUAAAAUGAGGGGAAAAGAAACAACAACUCAUUGCCCUAGUGUUUAGGCUCCAUUUUUUAUUGGUAAAGAUGUUCCAGUUUUGGCAAUGCAGCCUGAAGUGUGCAUGCAAUAGCCACAUGUAAGGUUUAGCCAUAAACAAAUAGCACUUUAUUUUUAAAACUGCACAGUGUGAUGGUUGGAAAAGUUACUCUGCCUGGUCAAUAACUUCGGGUCUGCAUGUGGAUUCUAUGCACGUGUUACCCAAGUGUGGUGCUUUGUCUUUAUAAGGCUCUCUCUUGUCAGGGUAAUCCUUGAUGUAAAACUGAAGGACUGUAUUAUACAACCUACGAAAGGACUGUAUUAUACAACCUACGGAAAAUCAGUGUAUAGGUCCUCCUAGCAGUACAUGUAGCUGGACAUAAAUGGAGUUCUGUAUGGAAGGCUGAUAAUUAUUCUGAAGGCAAAGUGCAUUGCUGGGUCUGAUUCUGUUUGCAGUUGCAGAAAUAUGACUUGAGAAUAAAUCUAAUAAAGCUGAAUGAGUCUAAGAUGGAUUUGUGUGAGAGAAGGAAAUUGGAAAAGCAAAGAGAAAAGGAUUUCAUAUUUUCUGGCGGUGACAAACUAAAAUCUUGGCCACAAGAAAAGCAGCAGCAAAAUAUUCUCUGAAUUUUAGACCCAGUCCUCACCUGGCAGCCGACAUCAAACAUUUCAAAUGUGACCUAGUUCAGAGCUAAGUACAGUUAGCCUUAUAUGAAAACUAAGAUACUUCUAUUGCUGCACAGCUGUGAAAAUCACAUGUAUGUUAAAUAAUGGGUGAUAGUCAGCUUCAAAAUAAUUAGAAAGCCUGUUAUACCUGCCUGAUUAAAAUUUUCAAAGUUUUACUUGAAUAUUGUCCAUUAAUGACACAAUUAAAUUAUAGAUAGAACAAUGAAAUUUGGGGAAAACUGGCAGGUAAAAAGCAAGCUUAAGGAAACUUUAAUUAAAAU